AUGCAAACAUAUCUCGGUUUUGCAGUCCUCGGCCUCGUCAACGUGAUUGUACCAUUCAUCGUACAUUCAGCAAACUACCUCAUAAUUCCUUAUCCACGAUGGAUAGUUAUACUCAUCGAGACUCUCCCAGCUCUUCUCACAAAACUACUUCUACCUCACUUCAUCCACAGAAUUCCAUACUGGAUGCGCCCUCUCACUAUAGGAGCAGUAUGGAUACUCAUCGCCCUCAUCACAAAAUCAACACCACCAAACAUCGCACCGCCAGUGAGAAUAUUCACUUCUGCGCUCGCUUCAGCAUCCGCUGCUGCAAUGGAGCUUUCUUUUCUCGGAAUGUUACGAUACUACGACCGUCUUGGACUCGCAGGUUGGGGAGCAGGUGUUGGCGCGGGAGCAGUCUUUUGCGCCGUCUUGCCCUUUGUGUUGACAGUCUGGCUCGAGUCUUUUCUACGCGAUUUUAUUGAUUGCAUUUAUGUUCUCGUUGGUGCGAUGCUCGUGGCAUUCUUUGUUGUUCUUCCUGGAGCACCGGUCAACUAUCCCUGCGCGCGACAGGAGUUGGUCAAGGAUGAUAUUGAGGAUGCGUCGCCUUUACUUCAGGAUCCAGUUCAGCAACUUUCGCGAGUAUUAAGUACGAAAAACCGCAUUCAUCUUACCAGGAGCAUAGUCCGGCCGUUUAUGAUUCCCUUAUUUGGAGCAUUUGCGGCACAGGCUCUCGUAUACCCUGGUAUCUCACGAGCCUUACCUCUUCCAGGGUCCUCGGCAUCUUUCUUCUCAUACUUAACCACAUACGGUCUUUCUUUCCAAUUAGGCAACUUUAUCUCUCGGAUGCACGUCUUACUCUUUCGACUGGCCAACUUCAGAGCUUCUUUCACGAUCCUCGGCACAGCGACGCUCAUUCUAAUCGCAAACUCUAUCUUCCUUGUCUCCUCGGCAGAAGUUAUGAUGGGUCUACUAGCUUUCACCGCCGGUCUAGGUGGAGGUGCAGUCUACAUGAUUGUUUUUGAUAGAAUGCUUGGAGAAAAGAUGCUCGACACUGGAAUAAAUCAGGAGUUCUGUCUCCAGGUUGUCGGAGUCGGUGAAACGGCUGGUCUUGUUGCUGGUGGGAUACUGGGUACCAUGCUUGAGAGUUUGAUGUGUCAAGGAGGAUUUACAACGACACAGAGAUGGUGUCAUACAAGUCAAUGA